AUAAAUUAGUCUCCUAAAACCGCUGUACCUUUUCACUAAAAACCUACUCACCAAUCACCAUUUGGGCCUUGACCUCCAAAAGCCCACUUUCCAAGUCCAUGGUUUUCAUGGUCCAGCCCGAACCCCAAACCCAAAUGGUGGUGAGUACUGAGGAGUGAGGAUGAGGGCAAUCAAAAUUUAAAAUCAAGGAAAAUUCAGGGGUUCAACGGCUAGUAAACAGUACACCAUUGAAUUCUCGUCUGAGAGCACCAAAUGCAGGCAAAUCAAGAGCAGCAGAAGCAGCCAUGGAGUCUCCAAGUUCAUGCCAAGGCCAAGAACUUCAAUUUCAAGCUCAAGGCCACCCAAAUCAUACCCUCUCACAAGUUCUUUCGCCUCUCACUCUUCCUCAAGGUCUGCUCUUUUUCUCUUAAAGCUAGAUCUGAACGCGGACCUCCAGCGUCUAGGCAACACCGGACGCCACUCAGAUCCAAAUUCGCCAGGAUUCUCGAGAAAAUUCGGUCCCGAGGCACCAAGAAACCAGCCAUUUCUGCUGUGAAAACCUCGAGUCCUCGACACCCAGAAGCUAAACUUCCCCAAAAUCAGCGACCGAAACGAUUCGCUUACGAGGAACCCAUCUGCGUGGGUUCGAUAAUGAUGAGAGGCCUGGCUUUUCUUUCUCGCUCGGUCUCAGUGAAGGACCACAGUGGAAUCAUCAUCCACACCUCAAUAAUCUUGCUGUACCUUGCUUUGUUGUUUAAGAAGUACACGACAAGAGAAACGAGUAAUCUAUUGGCAACUUUGAUUGCUGCAAUAGUGGGUUGUUCGCUUGUGUUUGAUAUGAGCAGUGGCCUGAAUUAUAAUGGCGGCCUUGUUUCAGAAUGUGUUUGGACGAUCUGCAACUUGGCAGCCUCUUCUGGGUGUUUGUAUGUAUUUUCCCAGGUAAUUUUCUCAAGGUUUUUUCAAUAUAUGAAAGCACUCAGAUGAUUGAGGUCUUCUGGCAAUGAUACUGGUAAGGCUUCUUGUUUGUUCAAUUGGUGUUUUCUGCAAUGGUUCAAGCCAGAUACUUGAGGAGUAAAUAUUUUACAAAGUUUGAAUAAAUUUCUUUAUUGUCCAUUUUUAAGACACUUAAAAGUUUGUGAAGCCAGAAAUCAAAUGUAAAGCUAAAGGUCACAGGGCAGUAGACAAAGUGUAAUAAGAAUUGGUGUCACAAAUGGUUGGUUCAUUCCGAGAAGGUUUUGUACAGCCACCAUCACUCAUUGUGUCCAUUAGAACCUCCUUUGAAGAUAGUAAGUUACAAGCUUGUGAAUAUACCUUCUCAUUAUUUUUUAA